CCGUGGGCGGGGUUACCGGUCGGCGCGGCCGGGCUCGCUCCACUGCGCAGUCGCGAGAGGGCGGUCCCCCGGCGGCUGCGACAUGGGGGGGCGCGGAGGGGACGCCGGAAGUAGCGGUGGUACGGCUCCGACCGUGGGGUACUCACCGCCGGCAGCGUCCACCAGAGCGUCGGCUAGAGCCAAGGCCCCAGGGGGUGGGCGUGGCGGCCGCCGGAACGCAGCCCCCUCUAUUCCCUCUUCUCGCGGAGCGGCGCCGCGUCGCUCCUCUCCGUCAGCUACCAUGAGCGAGCGCCUCCGCCCCAGGAAAAGGAGAAGGAAUGGCAAUGAAGAAGACAACCAUCUUCCCCCCCAGACCAAAAGAAGUAGUAGAAACCCUGUCUUUCAGGAUUCCUGGGACACAGAGACAGUACCUGUAAUGAAAAGCAAUAAAGAAAACAGACUAAGAGGAAACAAAGCGUUCUGCGCGUCUUCAGGCAGUGACAGUGGUGGCAGCAGCAGUAGCAGCAGCAGCAGCAGCAGCAGCAGCAUCAACAGCCCAGACAGGGCCAGUGGGCCAGAAGGCAGCUUAAGCCAGACCAUUGCUGGAUCCAGCCCUAACACCCCUCAGCCCAUGCCCGAGCAGUCUGCACUGUGCCAAGGCCCUUACUUCCACAUCAACCAGACCCUGAAGGAGGCCCACUUCCACAGCCUACAGCACCGAGGACGGCCUCCGACAUGAUGUGCCGGCAGUUUCUUGCCUUCUGUGAAGGGACAGCGCUGUGCAGAUUGGAUAUUUCAACUUGCGAUUCGUUUUAAAAAAAAUUGCACACACACACAAAAAUGCCUGUUGGCUUUUUGGUUUAUAUUUGAAAUAACAGGUUAACAGGCAAUUGUUUACUUGUGGUUUUGCUGCACUAUUGCAAUUUCAAAGGGGCUUUGAAGCAAUUUUUUAUAGGAUUCUUCUGAGGGAGGGUGUCAAAUCCAUGUCAAGGUAGUGGUAUGAGGAAAUCUCAUCUGUGUGUUGAAUCCAUAGUAUGUCCAAUUCAGACUGAUUUCCAAAUCUGUCAAUUAGAAAUUCUACUUUAUGUAAAAGGGCCUUUUAAAAAUGCGGGAUCUUCAAUUUUUUUAAUUCAAUAAACUAGUAAAGAGUAUCUAGUUUCCAUGAAAAAACAAAAGUUUUUUUUUCCAAAAUACAGAAAUCUUGAUUCAGUCUUGCACUGAAAUUAACUGCCAGACUACCUCUUAGUAUGUAGAUGUUCUAUUGAACGUACUCUCCUUUGUAACGGGAGAACAAUCAGAUCCAAUUUAGACUGUGAGAGAGAAGCACCCUUCCUAGUAAUGGUCUCUACUCUUUGUUAUAUAUUUGUAUUUCCAGGGAGAAUGUCUUUUAGACUCCUACAUACUCAGAUAACUUCUGUAUUGAUAUUCGUCCAGAGUCUGGACCUAAGACUUUAGUAGGAAACACUGCACAGCUCUGAAAGCGAAGAAAUACGUAAUGACUUUUUGUCUUACUCACAAACUUGUUAAAUCAGCAGCUUACCUGAUGUCUGAUAACUCCACCUUGUAGUGUCAAUAAUUAAGGCAUUGAUGAAUGCUGAUAAAGUGUAAGCUACCUGAACUGAUGUUUAAAGCAACAAGUAUUGUGAAACUAUUGGACAAGGAUUAAGUUUAUGCUUAAAGUAACCCCUAACAGUAACUAGGGGCCACAUUCCAUCAUUGGAACUGGAUAGACUGGUGUGGCUUUGAAACAAAUGAGCAGAGGCACCUUUAGAAGAAACAAUGCAGUAGUAUUUAUUUAGAGAGAGGGAUAUGUUCUCAUGUUACUUAGUCAUACUAGAGAGCCAGCCAAGUUUGAAUAAUGAAGGUGCAGACGUGUCGUCUUCCUCACUGACGAGCUGUCUGAAAAAGGAGCCAGGAAGCAUCGGGUCACCUGCUCUGGAGAGUGCCGGGGGGACAACCUGCCAUUGGAUGUAGAGGAAAGUGCCUUAGAGUCUCCCCGAGCCCUCCUGCCUGCUCACCCUCCACACCACGCCACUCGCAGUCCACACGGCACACAAGCAGGUCUGAGAAGCAUGGAUAGCUCUAGUCAGAUGACUUUGUUUUUCAAGAUUUGAAGAGGACAUGGGGAACAGCAUGAGAUUUUAUUAUGUGACAGAACUAGAAUUUGAAAAUGACUGUCCUAGGAAAAGGGUAAACACAUGCACCUCCUUUUCAUGUUCUGUCCCUCUGCUCUGGGUAGGAUUGGAAGGCCAGUCACUUGAAGUGGAAACGCGUGUUCUGGGGGAAGUUACAGCACAGGCCCAUGCUUGGGGAGUGAGUGGUUUUUGCAAGAGCUUUUUCUUUGUUUUACUACCAUCUCCCAAAUUUUAAAAGAAGAUAUUUAAUGAGGACUGUGGAUCUUCAUGGCUUUGGUAUCAGGGAAUAUAGAAAGGAUACACUGCUCAUGUUUUGUCUAACAAUAAGCAAACAACAAGUGAAUGCUGUAAGAAGACAAGCUGUUUGAGCUCUCAAACACGUGUACACAGCACAAUUCAGAAAUACCCAGAAGGACUCCUGCAGGCUUAACGGAUGGCACCCUACUGAAACAAAACGUGUAUUAACAAGAAAACAUAAAACCUGAGGAAGCAAAUUUUCUUUUAUCUACCAUCCACCCAACUAAAAGACAUGGAAGGUGAAACCAUCACCAGAACAAAACAGAUUUUUUCCAAAUAAGUACAAUCAUAGUGCCAGGUUGGCAGUUAACUUUUACCCUACUAAAUACGAGGGAGAAUCUCCACCCUGUCCUGUAUAUUUUCUACAGCCGGGGCAGCCUGAGAAAUAUUUCUAUCAUGAAGCUACUUGGUAGUGUCAAUGGGCUACUUUUAACACUUCUAUUAGCUCGAGCUAGUAAGACCUUGUACUUCUCUAUUGCGCCGCCAUUAAAAGCAGCAUUAGUGCAUUUUGUCACUCA